GGCAACCUUUUGGUAGUUCCUGCACAUCACGCUAGGGGAACUUUGUUGUCAAAACAAACUAGUGUCAACUCAAAUCUGUCUGCUUCUAGUGUUGAUGAAAUAAAUCUCAAAGUAUUUCGUUCUUCCUCAAGGAUUCGCUUAACUGUGUCUUUUGUUUAAUUUUAAGCCAUGGAUUUUAGUUAAGACCAGCUUAUUGAAACCACAGAAAUUGUUUUGCUGUUAGCACUUAUGUGGAAGAUAAGAAAAAUGAUGAAGAAACGUGAACAUCGAAGGAAACAUCCUCUUGGUAAUCUUUCAUGGUCGUAGGUGGACUCGUCUACAAAAUACGCAACAAAACCGGGAUACCCAUUUAUGGUAUCAUGCUUUAUUAAAACCUGCUGCUCUCCAGGAUGUAAAACAGUUUCACAACUGGACUAGAAUUAGUCCUACAGCUUUCAACGCUCUUGCUGACAAAAUUAGUACUAGUAAUCUUGUCAAUAAGCAGAUCACAAGAAUGAGGAAACUGAUAUCAGUUGGGGAACGAUUAGCAAUUACACUGCGUUACUAUGCAACAGGUGAUAAUCUGAAGACAAUAGCUGCCGGUUAUUGCGUGGGACACGACACAGCUUGCAAAGUUGUAGUAGACACUGGAAUUGCAAUUUACAAGGUGUUAGCACCCUACUAUUUGAAAGUUCCAGGCACUAGUAUGUGGAGAAAGAUUACCAUACAAUUCUCAAAAGUCUGGAAUUUUCCCAACUGUAUUGGAGCGAUUGAUGGCAAGCAUAUUGCUAUGCAGGCCCCACAAAAUGCAGGGUCAGACUACUUCAACUACAAGCAAUUCCAUAGCAUUAUUCUAAUGGCCAUAUGCGGAUCGCAGUAUAAAUUUACGAUGAUUGACCUGGGAGCCUAUGGCAGAGAAGGCGAUAAAAAUGUGUACAACACAUCUACCAUCUCCAAGAAACUCGCUGAAGGUACUCUUGGAAUCCCUCCGUCAUGCAUACUUCCGUAUUGAAAUACGAUCCUGCCGCAUUGCAUUGUGGGUAAAGAUGCAUUUCCAUUGAAGCCGUAUUUGCUGAAGCUAUUUGCCGGUCGGUGUACAGGAACGAUAUCUAGGGAGAAACGUAUUUUAGAUUAUAGGUACGUUUAAAGUGAAGUAUGGUAAUUAUUAUGAUUCUCUCGAAAAUGUAGGACUGAAUUUUGUUAAUAAUUAAUAGGUU